AUGGCAACUUCUGGCAAGCCCGAUCGCCUGUUUGUGGGCAACCUCGCGCCGUCGGUUGACGAAUAUACCCUCGUCCAGGUGUUCAGCAAGUAUGGCAAGAUAUCCAAGCUUGACUUGAUGAUGCACCACAGCGGGCCGCAGAAGGGCAAGCCGCGGGGGUACGCGUUUGUCGAGUACGAGAGCAAGGAUGACGCAGUCAAAGCCCUCGUCAAGCUACACGACCGCCUCCUGCGCGGCCGCAAGCUAGUCGUGACGUACGCGAACGCCGCCCCAGUCGACGACGGGCAACCACAGCCUUUCAAGCGCCGGACCGAGAUCAAGCCGACGAGUCUGAGCCUGCUCAAGGCGCGCAAACCGCAGAGUACGGAUGCCCAAAUCGCUGUGAUGGAGGCCAAGCUCGCGGUCCUGCGGAAUCGGCCAGACCGGUCGCCGACGCCGGAGCGCGUGGCGGCGGACGAGCUAGAGGCUGAGAUUCGGCGUGAGCUAGGGGAGGGGAUGGGGGAGGAAGACCAGGUACAAGAAGGAGGGGAUACGCCGCAAGUCGCAAGCCCAGAUGACAGCAUGUCCCGGCCACAUAGCCCUGUGCAUGGACGCGCUGGACGUGCUGGACCGGCCGGGUUGCCUCCCAAACCCGUGGCUGCAAUGGACGCACUCAAGCCGCGACUCGAGGCGUCACCAAGGCGCCAUGAUCGGUAUACCCCAUGUCGCGAUGGACCACCACGCAGUCGCGUUCGCGAUCGCUCACCACGGCGCGACGAGUCUCCGCGAUACCGUGACGAGACGCCAAGUCGCGAUCGCUCUCCUCGUCGAUACGAGAUGCGUGAGGAGCCGCCAAGUCGCGACCGGUCCCCGCGCCGCGAUGACGAUUCGCGCCGGCGCGACCGCUUCCCUCGAGACUCAUCUCGCCGGGAGCGCUCCUCGCGCGAACCACACAGUCGCGAUCGCUCUCCCGCCAAAGACUCUAGCAACCGCUCUCUCCCACUCGCCCGCAGUAGCAACGCAGCCGUCGAGCGGUUCCAGGCCGGCCUUGCUGGUCUGCCAAAGAAACCGUCCUUUUAA